AUGGAGUUCGUCUGUGUUCGUUGUUCGUCGUUAUGUUCGUCCAGCGGUCGGCUCAGUCGCGAAUGCAACGAAUCGAAGUACGACUCAGCGUUCGGUGCCAGCAACAAUCGAGAACUGGUCACUACCGGUCAGAUCGAUCGCCGACCGGCCUCUCGUCAACCCUGUCCGGCGUUCGGCCGCAUUUCUGAUUGCCGUGUGACGCAGCUGCAGUCGCGGCCGCGGCCGCCUCUGCCACCCCCAAAACCACCGUCACUCGUCAAAGAAUUUCCGCAGUGCCCCAGCUCAGCGACAGGGCACGACACCGUGUCGUCUGUGUUUGACGCCGAAAGCAGCAUUGCACCGCGGCUCCGUUCUCCGCCU